AAAACACUCACGACCCGCUCACUGUAAAUCGCAAAGUACUAUACUGCUUGCUUCACUCUCUUUCUCUCACUACAACAUGGCAAUCUGAACCUGGGACCCUCACCUGGGUACUCCUCUGUCCUUUUUCUCUUUUCCCAUAAUUUCGUAUUUGCAUAUCCCUCCCUCCCCUCCUCCAGUCCUCCUGGCCAUUCCACGACAAUCACACCCCCACCCCAACAGGCCCCUGCCCCAGCCCUGCUUGCUGACUCCUAUUUCGACCCCUUCCCCCACCUUCUCUCUCUCUCUCUCUCUCUCUCUCUCCCCUCCCCCACCUUAUAUACACUCCUCCCUCACCACCCGUUCACUCCUUCUCAUCAUCAUUCGCUCCUCCUCUUUUGAUCUCUCGUUCCCACGAGAAGAACCCGACGCAGGCGCAAUAGAGAGAGCCACUGAGAUGAUGCAUAGGUGCAGCAGAGACAGAGAGCCGUGCCCGUGUGGCCCGUUCGCCAACCAGGGCUCCUCCUCCUUCUCCAUGCUCUUCUCCAAGCCCUUCGACGAGAACGACCUCUACUACUCCUCCUCCUCCUCCCCUUCCUCCUCCUCCGUCGACUGCACCCUCUCCCUCGGCACCCCCUCCACCCGCCUCGUCGGCGGCGGCGACGACGGCUCGGACGAUCACCACUACAGGCGGAGCGGCGGCGGCGGCGGCGGAGGCGGCGGCGGCGGCCAUCCCCUUCUUGCUCGCCGCUGCGCCAACUGCGACACCACCUCCACUCCGCUGUGGCGCAACGGUCCCCGCGGCCCCAAGUCGCUAUGCAAUGCCUGCGGAAUCCGGUUCAAGAAGGAGGAGAGGAGAGCGUCGGCCGCCGCGGCCUCCGGCGGCGGAGGAGCCGCGGAAGCGCAGCACGUCUACGGCCACCAGUGGGUCCACCACGGGCAGGCGGCGCCGCAGAAGCUGCCCUCCUGCUACUCGCCGGCCGCGAUGGCCGGCCACCACCAGUACCACCACAACCAAGAGUUCCGCUUCAUGGAGGACGACGUCGUCGCGUCGGCGCGGGACUCCUCCGACGGCGGGAUCUCCUUCCUCUCGUGGCGCCUCAACGUCACCGACAGGCCCAGCCUCGUCCACGACUUCACGAGAUGAAGAAGAAGAAACGCGCGGCAGCGAGCCGACCGAAAGACGGAAGACGACGACGGUGGAGAAUCAAGGAAGACGGAUGGAUACAAGGGUCAAGAUCACCUCGCCCACCCCACCCCACCCCCAAGUCCUUUUCUAUAUAAAAUAUUAACAUAUGUAUCACGACGUUGAUGUUUUGAAGCUUGUUGAUGAUGGCGAUAGUUAUGGUCGUGGUCAAAUUCUUUUCUUUCUUUCUUUCUUUCUUUAUUUUUGUUCCUUUCCUCUGUUUUUUAAAUAUUAUAUUUUCUUUCCAACUUUUCCAGCUGUUUACUUUUUCUUCUCUUGCCCAGAUGGAGUCCCCAAAUGGGAUAAUUCCCCAUUUUCUUGUUCUCAAUUA